ACCCUCCUGAAAAUAAACAGCCACUGCCUGGCUAACCGCUCACCUCGGCCUGCCUCUCGUCCUCCGGCGGCACAGGCCUGCCCUGAUGCAGGAAGAUCUAAACUGCAGCCAUGAGCACCAAUGAGUGCUUCAAGUGUGGACAAUCUGGCCACUGGGCCCGCGAAUGCCCUACUGGUGGAGGCAGUGGUUGUGGAAUGAGAAGCCGUGGCAGAGAUGGUUUUACCUCAGAUAGAGGUUUCCAGUUUGUUUCCUCAUCUCUUCCAGACAUCUGUUAUCGCUCUGGUGAGUCUGGUCACCUUGCCAAGGAUUGUGAUCUUCAGGAGGAUGCCUGCUAUAACUGUGGUAGAGGUGGCCACAUUGCCAAGGACUGCAAGGAGCCCAAGAGAGAGCGAGAGCAAUGCUGCUACAACUGUGGCAAACCAGGCCAUCUGGCUCGUGACUGUGACCAUGCAGAUGAGCAGAAGUGCUAUUCUUGUGGAGAAUUUGGGCAUAUUAAAAAAAACUGCACCAAAGCGAAGUGCUAUAGGUGUGUUGAAACUGGUCAUGUAGCCAUCAACUGCAGCAAGACAAGUGAAGUCAACUGUUACUGCUGUGGCGAAUCAGGGCCUUGCACAAUUGAGGCCACAGCUUAAUUAUUUUCCUUUGUUGCCCCUCCUUUUUCUGAUUGAUGGUUGUAUUAUUUUCUCUGAAUCCUCUUCACUGGCCAAAGGUUGGCAGAUAGUGGCUAUUCCCAGGCCAGUGA